UAUUUUAUUAAUGAGGAGGCAGCGGCCACGUACAAACUGGCUGCUUCUGGUUUCUCGGCAUAAAUACAAAGCUGAGCCGGUCUGAGGGGGAAAGCACACAAAGGAAAGCGGCGGACUGAGAUUUUUAAAGCUGAAGACCACGAGAGUCAGACUGCAUCUUAGAGGAGCUUGGACGGCAUGCAAAGUUGUGACAUUUCCUCAGACAGCACUGAUGAUCCUCUUAGUUGCAGCCUACACACUCAUCGGCAGCCUCGAAUUUUGGUGAUUGGUGCUGGUUUAGCUGGCCUUGCUGCAACAAAGGUCCUGCAGAAAAACGGAUUCACGAAUGUUACUGUGCUAGAGGCAUCAGACCACAUUGGCGGAAGAGUUCUCAGUGUACAACACGGAAAAACUACUUUGGAGCUCGGAGCCACAUGGAUUCAUGGUGCCAACGGGAACCCGGUGUACCACUUGGCAGAGGACAAUGGAUUACUUGAAGACACCACAGAUGGAGAGCGGAGUGUCGGACGCAUUAGUCUGUAUACCAAAAAUGGUGUGGCUCAUUACCAGACCAACUUGGGCAGAAGGAUCCCCAAGGACAUGGUGGAGGAGUUCAGUGACCUGUACAAUGAGGUGUAUGAGCUGACACAAGAAUUCUUCCAGAACGGGAAGCCUGUGUGUGCCGAGAGCCAGAACAGUGUCGGUGUUUUUACACGGGAUGUGGUGCGAAAGCGGAUCAUGGUGGAUCCUGAUGACUCUGAGAGCACCAAGAAGCUCAAACUGUCCAUGCUUCAACAGUACCUCAAGGUGGAGAGUUGUGAAAGCAGCUCUCCCAGCAUGGAUGAGGUGUCUCUGAGUGCAUUUGGUGAGUGGACCGAGAUCCCAGGUGCACAUUAUGUCAUUCCUGGAGGUUUCAUGAAGAUUGUGGAGCUGCUGGCCCAGGAUAUCCCCUCCCACACCAUCUGCCUUAACAAGCCGGUCCGCUGCAUCCACUGGAACUACUCCGCCCAUCACGAGGAGGUGAUCACCAAGAGCAGCACCAGCAAUCACAAUGAAAACAACCAUCGCUGGCAACCUUACGAGGACCCUCUUAUCCUAGGGCACCCUGUUUACGUGGAGUGCGAAGACGAGGAGUGGAUCAAAGCCGAUCACGUGAUCGUGACAGCUUCCCUGGGUGUGCUGAAGCAGAGCCACGAGACCAUGUUUUCCCCAUCGCUGCCAGAGGACAAGGUCCAAGCCAUCCAGAAGCUUGGCAUCAGCACCACUGAUAAGAUAUUCUUAGAGUUCGCUGAGCCCUUUUGGAGCCCGGAAUGCAACAGCAUUCAAUUUGUGUGGGAGGACGAGGCUCAGCUGGAACAGCUGGCCUAUCCAGAGGAGCUGUGGUACAAGAAGAUCUGCAGGUUUGAUGUUCUCUACCCACCUGAGCGCUACGGAUACAUGUUGAGCGGCUGGAUAUGUGGGCAGGAGGCACUUCACAUGGAGCGCUGCGAUGAUGAAAUGGUGUCCGAGAUCUGCAGUGAGCUGCUGAGGCGCUUUACAGGCAACCCAAACAUUCCAAAGCCGAGGCGCGUGCUGCGCUCCUUGUGGGGCAGUAACCCCUACAUUCGGGGCUCGUACUCCUUCACACGAGUGGGCUCUAACGGGGGUGACUUUGAACGGCUGGCCACGCCACUGCCAUACACCAACAGCACCAAGGCUUCGCCCCUACAGGUCCUGUUUGCAGGAGAAGCCACCCACAGAAAAUACUAUUCCACUACCCAUGGUGCUUUGCUGUCAGGACAGAGAGAGGCUACUCGCCUGACAGAAAUGUACCACGACUUGCACAGAGCCGAAACCACAAAGCCUGACCUGUAGGAUAAAGAAGAACC